CCCAGGGUUGUUUUCGCUCGUGCGUACUACGGCGUCGCUAAUUAGUGACGUCAUCACGCCUUGGCACGCUAACUCGGAAGUCAAAUCAGUGAUUUGACUUUGACGAUUUUGCAGAAAUAUCGACAUUUCAGAUAAUUAAUUUUAAACAUCAUAUUAUCUGAACUGUAAUGUUGUUGUUCUAUCGCUUUAAUCAAAUAUUUAAGCAUUUUUAAGUUGGAGAUGAACUGAAUGAAUGAAUUGAAUAACUAUAGCAAGCCAACAAGCGAUAAACGAUGCGGGUGUCCAAAGUGCAGCACGGCUGCCAUUUUAAGACAAUAGUUUGUUUUCAUUGCCAUUUUGUAAAAAUGUAAUUUAAUUCCUUCUUAAUGUGACAUUACACUAAUUUGCUCUGUCAUCUAUUACACAAAGCUGAGCUCUAUAUUUUUGGGUACAGAUACCAUAUGGCUACCUACAUUAAUAAUAAUAAUAAUACAUUUUAUUUGGAUAGCGCUUUUCAAAAUACUCAAAGAAGAAUGGAGUUGAAUAAAAGCAAGUAAACAGAGUAAAAGAUACAGGAAAAUACAACAUUCAUUUGUUAAUACACAGUUAAACAUGAGUAAAAGCUGGGCGGGGCACAGCAGUCAAUUAGAUUGGUUUUAGCAUCUUUUAGCAUGUACAAAUGUAGGUUGGAAAAUGUUUGGACACCCCUGUCCUAUAACGUCCAAUGCAAGACUUGUGUUGUAUGUGCCUUGAGAAUAAUAAUGAGUUCAGGAAGGGAUUAAUGUAACAAUAUGUUUAUGAUUGUAGUUUGCAGUGGCGUAGAAGUGCACUGUAUUAUGCUGAGCUGUUUCUAAUUAUAGGUGAAGCUAUACCCGAGAGAAACAAAAUGUAUUGUAGCGAUAACUAACACGUAUCAACUCAUAAUAGUGUUCAUAUUUUGGACCAAACAGGAAUGGUAACAAAAAAAUCUACCAACUGUUUGCAACAAUAAUUUGUGUUAGGUGUCAACAUGACAGUUAAGAACAAUAGUGACAGCCAAAUGUUGGCAUAAUUUCUUGUGAGUUUGAAUAAUGACCCGUGUAAUGACCAUUUGGUCUGACGAUACUUAGACCCAUGAGAUCAGACUAAAGAAAUGACCUUUAGGUGUUUCACACAAGGAGAGUAUAAACCACAAAUGUGUCCACUUACCACAGCACAGUACUAGAUCGGUGCUUCGUGUCUUGUCUUGAGUGUGACGGAUGUGGCAAAAGUGUUGAGAAAGGAAGUGUACACAGUUCACAGCUGAUGUUGUCUCAGGGUGGUCGUGGCAGGAAGGAGAGCAGCCGGACCACUGAAGGCAUGCUGGGAAGUUCCAGUGUACAGUGCACGGUUCUGACGGUUGUUUCGUUGGCCUCCCUGAGUCUGCUGUGUCUUCUGUGCCUGCGAUGUAAAAAGAAGUCCAUUCCUGCAGACAUGAUACAUGAAGAAACUCAAAUAUACAACUCGCAGACAUUCCAGAGUGGGAGGAGCAGGUUUACUGUAAUGCGAUCAAAAACAGUCAUCAAAGCCAACCAAAUUCCCCCAUGUGCCUCCAAUGAGGAUUUUAAUGCUGCUACAGGUAUGUAUUCAAUGGCUGCAUCUCCACCCAGAGGUUGGGAGCAUGUAUAUGUAGCUCCACUCCCCUUCACAGUGUAUGAAAAUGACACAAUCUCACCAUUGAAGAUGAAAGAUGCUGACCCCUUGAUGGGCGACUAUGCAAACAUUCCCGCAGUGGCACCAAAAAACGAGGACGAUGAAGACUAUGAAAACUCUGAGUUCCUGGCACAAAGAACUCUGGAAGUGGAGGAUGGUGAGGGCACACUUGUUUGCUUUUUUUGGUUUGUUAUUGAUGUGAACACUCCCUUUUCUCUUUUGGCCCACUCAUCAUAUCAUAUAUGAACAAAAAAGGGAUUUGCAAAUGACGUGGACGACGAAAGACAACAUAAUUAAUAAACACACUGAACUUGUU